GCCAAAUAAGCUUAUCAUUUUGCUAAUUGUUGUGCUAAUCCUUCGAUGUCUCUGAUCACCCUAGCCUUUUCUAUGUAAUAUACUCUCAUUUGCUUUUCCCCCUAAUAUCUGGUUCACGCUCCGCCACUGCAUGCGACAAGAAACAACGGAAGAAACAAUUAGCACCAUACCUUGUAGCGUAGCCGAGAAAGCCGAUACGAAGGAGUACCAUCAACAUUUGUGAAAAAAAAAUCAACAAAAUGAUGACCAACUCCGAAGAAAUUUUAGUGAAAGGAACUGGCACAAGCCGUGAAACUAAUCAUAGGGAGGAAGCGAUGCAAGGCAAAGUGAGCGGCGGGCGCAAAUGCCCUCGUGAUCGUCGCGAGAACCAUAGACUGCCGCCUCAGCCUACCCCUUUCCCCGGUCUACAGUGCGCUGACAAUGCCACGUAUCCCAAUGGCGAUAAAAUGCAGAGGCCAACCGUACUAGUAAGUAGGCCCAGAUAGGAAAAAGCCCUCGACCACCGGCUAAAAAUUGCAGUCCCACUCAACCCUUAAAGCCCAUAGUGAAGACAUCUCGCCAAUUCCUGCACACAAUCCAGUGAGACCCGGAUAAAAUCACUGGACACAAUCCGAAAUUGCCGUCCUCAAUAGAUCCGCCUUUGUCAAUUGUCUUUUCAUGUUUGAAAGUCAUGCUACAAAUGUUGAUGCUGAUAGGUUAGCCAAGUUUUCAUAUUUUCUUGAUUAGGGUAGACAUGUUUGGUUGCUACAACCUCACGAUCCCUUCUGUAUUCCUCUCCUUCGGGAGUUUGAUCAAUAAAGCUUGGGUUUCCCCUAAAAGAAAAUUUGACUGUGGGCCUUUAAAACUUUAGGCAGCAUAGAGUUAAAUGAUAGUGCAUUUUCUAUUGGGUCACACUGAGACAUGAGCCUCAAAAUAUGGCUGAAAUUUCAACAGUGUUCACCUCCGAGCCUUAGGUGGUGUCAUUUUCUAAGUUCAAAAAACAAUUGGCAGCAGGUUCGGGAGAUUCAGCAGCAAUGGCUUGGCUUCUAGUCACCCUAAAACCACCAACCGCAUCCAUUGUCCCUCCGAAGCAUCACCUGCUGAUUCCAUCCUCAUCCCCAUCUUCCAACAGAGAACAUGGCCGCGCCGCCGCCCGCCGACGAGAGGCCGCUGGUGAUGCUGGCGCAGGCGCUCUUCCCGGAGUUCGCCGCGGCGCUCGCUGGUCGCUACCGGUUCGCGCUGCUGGCGGACGCCGACGCCGCGGCCGCGGACGAGGCGAGGGCGCUGCUGGUAGGGGGGCUCCCGCGGGUCACGGCCCAGCACCUGGGCGUGCUCCCGGCGCUCAAGCUCGUGGCGUGCACCUCCGUGGGCGUGGACCACGUGGACCUUGACGCGUGCCGGAGCCGCGGGCUCAGCGUGACCAACGCUGGCGCCGCGUUCGCGGCCGACUCGGCCGACUACGCCGUCGGGCUUCUCGUCGCCGUGCUCCGAAGGGUGGCCGCCGCCGACGUGUACGUCCGCAGCGGCAGGUGGGCUGCCGACGGCGACUAUCCUCUCACCACCAAGGUGAGCGGCAAGCGGGUGGGAAUCGUGGGGCUGGGCAACAUCGGCUCCCGCGUCGCCCGGCGUCUCGCCGCCUUCGGCUGCGCGGUCUCCUACCACUCGAGGUCGCCCAAGCCGUCGGCGCCGUACCCGUUCGUCCCGGCGCUGCGCGACCUGGCCGCCGGCAGCGACGUGCUGGUGCUCUCCUGCGCGCUGACAGACGAGACCAAGCACAUGGUGAACCGGGACGUGAUGGAGGCGCUGGGGAAGGGCGGGGUGCUGGUCAACGUCGGCCGGGGCGGCCUCGUGGACGAGCCGGAGCUGCUCAGGUGCCUCCGCCAGGGCGUCAUCGGCGGCGCCGGCCUGGACGUGUACGAGAACGAGCCGGCCGUGCCGCCGGAGCUGCUCGCCAUGGAGAACGUCGUGCUCUCGGACCACAGGGCCGUGCUCACGCCGGAGUCCAUCGGCGGCGUGCUUGAGGUCGUCAUCGCCAACCUCGACGCCUUCUUCUCGGGGAGGCCGCUGGUCAGCCCCAUGGAGCUCUGAAACAUGAAUGAACAUCACUCACUGGUUAGAUGAAAUUGAUUCGAUGUCGUGUGAAGAAAAUGUAUUCUGCAACAGUAUAUAUGGAGUGAUUAUCACUUCGUGCUCGACAAGAUGAAGUUGAUUAAAUACACUUGGUUACUUUAUUGGCGUAUAUUUAUACUUCAAUGCAAUCCAA